AUGGAUUGUAUCAGUACUGGCGAGACGGAAUACGAAGGAAAGGCCUUUAUUGUUCACUCCAAUAGCGGUGGCCGCGUGGGUUGUGGUUUGUUGGAAUCUAUUUCCAUGGUGGAUGAUCCAACCGGUGCCCCCAUCGCUACCCCUACGGAUGCUCCUAUCACUGGUGCAACGGAUGCCCCCGUUGCUGCUCCAGAUGAAGAUGAGGACGAGGAAAGUGCUUCCAACACUGUGUCGUGUGUUGUCGCUAUUGCAUCUAGUGUCGUCGGAGUCGAAUCUGGGCGAUACUUGCUUAAUAAAACAAUUUUGUCCUAA